AUGAGAAGAUAUGGAAUAUGUUACUCCCGUCUGCUUUCACAGAUGCAGCAGAUGAGCUAUGCUGUACUCUGUGUCUUUACUGCACAUCUCUCAAGCACCCGUGGAAUGACCCUUAUGAUUCCAGAGAAAAAAGGCUGGACUCUAAACAGUGCUGGGUACCUAUUAGGACCUUAUGCUCACAGAAGUCUUAAUGUAAGACAUAGAGCUACAAUGGGAAAAAGAGACAUGCGGAAUGAGCAUACACUUGCAUACCUGCGAUUAAAAGAAAUGGGAAUGACUGAAGAUUUCAACAGUGGGAUUUUGAAACAAUAACAAAUAUAUCUGAGUUUCACUGUUUUUUUUCACCCACAGUAGCUCUCCAGUAAUAUUUGCAUUUCAUAUCAUUUAUCUUUAUAUAAUUUG